AAAGUAUACGUUAGAGACUCUCAGGUUCGCAGAUUUUACUAGUCAUACUCCUGCUUAGUCCAUAUAUUUACAUUAUCCAAUAACCAAGUUCCACAAAAGCUUGGAUACAAUAUGGGUGUUAUUCAUGCUUUUGUGAUUAUAUUUGCAUGCAUGCUUGUUCUCUCACUAGAAAUUUCGGGAGCAAAUGAUUCAAUCAACGUGGCCCAGUUUCUGAGGGAUGGGAAUACUUUGGUAUCAAAAGGUGGAAAGUUUGAACUUGGAUUCUUCACCCCUGGUAGUUCCCAGAAACGUUAUCUGGGAAUUUGGUACAAGAAUAUCCCAGUUACGACGUAUGUUUGGGUUGCUAAUGGGGCCAACCCUAUCAAUGAUUCCUCAGGCAUCUUAACAGUGAACACCACAGGCAAUCUUGUUCUCACCCAAAAUGGUUCUCUUGUUUGGCACUCCAACAACUCUCACAAACAAGCACAGAAUCCGGUGGUAGAAAUGUUGGACAGUGGCAAUCUUGUGAUAAGAAACGAGGGAGAAACAAACCCAGAAGAGUAUUUGUGGCAAAGCUUUGAUUAUCCAUCUGAUACACUCUUGCCAGGGAUGAAGUUAGGAUGGGACCUCCGAACAGGUUUGGAACGGAAAUAUACAGCAUGGAAGAGUCAAGAUGAUCCAUCCCCAGGUGAUGUAUCUCGGGUUUUGAAACUCUAUAACUAUCCUGAGGUUUAUAUGAUGAAGGGUACACAAAAGUUGCUGAGGUAUGGACCAUGGAAUGGCGAAUAUUUUAGUGGAAUGCCUGAUCUACUGAAUAACACCAUUUUCGGCUUGAGUUUUGUCAGCAACGAAGAUGAGAUUUACUACACGUAUACCCUCGUUAAUGAUUCUGUCCCCACCAGAACUGUUACAAACCAAUCAGGUACUAUUGUUCGUUAUGUGUGGAAGGAGGAUGAGAAAACAUGGAAAACAUACAGAACGUACCCGAAAGAGUCUUGCGACCAUUAUGACACCUGUGGACCUAACGGAUUAUGUGUACGAACUCAAUCACAGCCUUGCAAUUGUUUGAAAGGUUUCAGUCCAAAAUCACCACAAAAUUGGAACUCAUCGGAUUGGAAGGAAGGAUGUGAGCGCAAUAAAGCGUUGAAUUGCAAUAGUGAUGUGUUUCUCAUAUUUAAAGGGCUGAAAGUUCCAGCCACUACAGAUACUUGGUUGAAUAAGAGUAUUGAUCUAAAGGAAUGCAAAGUGAAGUGCUUGAAAGAUUGUUCUUGCAUGGCCUAUACUAAUUCAGAUAUCAGAAAUGGAGGUAGUGGUUGUGUCUUGUGGUUUGGAGAUCUCAUUGACAUGAAACAGAUUGAAACUGGUGGACAAGACCUGUAUAUCAGGAUGAAUGCUUCGGAGGCAGACAUGACUGUUUUUGUUUUUAUAAUCAAUUCCAACACUCAAGAACCUGGACCGAGCAAGCACACACUAACGAUAGUUGCUUCUACCGUUGCUGCAAUUUGUGGUGUUCUUAUACUUCUAAGUACGUAUAUUAUUUUCAGGCUCCAGAGGAACAAAGCUGACUUAAGUAAAAGACAUGUGGAUGAUCUGGAUGUCCAACUGUUUGAUCUAGUAACAAUUGGAAAGGCGACUAAUAACUUCUCCACAGAGAAUAUAAUAGGAGAAGGUGGUUUUGGACAUGUAUACAAGGGCAUAAUUGACGGGAAAGAAAUUGCUGUAAAGACUAUGUCAAGAAGCUCAUGGCAAGGUGUGACAGAGUUCAUCAAUGAAGUAAACUUGACUGCAAAACUUCAGCAUCGGAAUCUUAUUAAACUUCUUGGUUGCUGCAUUCGAGGAGAAGAAAGAAUGCUCAUUUAUCAGUACAUGGAAAAUGGCAGCCUAGACUCCCUUAUUUUUGAUGAUAAAAGAGGUAAAUUUCUGGAGUGGCCUCAACGGUUCCAAAUAAUUUGCGGAAUUGCAAGGGGCCUUGUGUACCUUCAUCAAGAUUCCCCACUGAGGAUCAUCCACAGGGAUCUCAAAGCUAGUAACAUCUUACUCGAUAAAUCGUUCAAUCCGAAAAUAUCAGACUUUGGUGUGUCGAGAUCUUUUGGAGUAGACCAAUUUGAAGGAAGCACAAGUAGAGUAGUGGGGACCUGUGGGUAUAUGGCGCCAGAAUAUGCAGUUGAUGGAUUAUUUUCUGAAAAAUCUGACGUAUUUAGCUUUGGAAUUUUGGUGUUGGAGAUUGUCUGUGGGAAGAGAAACAGAGGACUUUAUCAGACAGAUAAGAGUCUUAACCUUGUUGCUCAUUCAUGGACAUUAUGGAAAGCGGGCAAGGCAAUAGAUUUCAUUGCCUCGAACAUGAAGACAUCAUCGUGCGUUAUGUCUGAAGUACUGCGUUGUCUCCAUGUCGGUCUUUUGUGUGUGCAACAGUACCCAGAUGAUAGGCCUACAAUGAAGUCUGUGAUUCUAAUGUUGGAGAGUCACAUUGCACUGGCUGAGCCAAAAGAACCUGGUUUCCUUUCGAGAAAUGUGUUACCUAAAGUUUUAGGCUCAAAUAUGAACGACACAAGUUCAACCAACGAAGUGACCAUUACUCUGUUAGAACCUCGAUGACUCAUGAAACAUUACUUAAACAUAGCUAUAGCUAUAGGAGGAUAUUUGUAAGAACUUAUACUACACUUUUACCCACCCAUACCCGGGUUAUUGCACUCUUGCGAUGAUAUAAAUCGGUUUGUUAACAAA